CGGGGCACGAGGGAUCCCCGGCGGCGUCCCCAGGGAACCCCAAUGGAGGCACCGGAGCUCCCGGAGUCGGACGGGCUCUUCCCGGAUUCCCCCUCGCUCCCGGUGCCGGUACUGGGUUUCCAGACCUUGACGCUCCCGGAGGAUGAUGGCAGCGCUGCCGAGGAGCUCCUGGGGCUGACGGUGAACCCCGACAUCGCCUGCGGCCUCGGCACCGGCCCGGAGUGCCCCCGGCGCGGCGGGCCCCCCCCGGUGCUGCUGGAGGUGGUCUGUGACCUCAGCGCUCCCCUGUACCCCGCGCUGCUCCCCGCCAUCGAGCUGUGCCCGAGCCCCGGGCCCGAGCCCGAGCUCCUUCCCACGCUCCGGCUGACGGAGGAGGAGAAGCGGCUGCUGGCGCAGGAGGGGGUGAACCUGCCCGGGGACCUGCCCCUCACCCAGGCACAGGAGCGGCUACUGAAGAAGGUGCGGAGGAAGAUCCGGAACAAGCAGUCGGCGCAGGACAGCCGGCGGAGGAAGAAGGAAUACCUGGAUGGGCUGGAGAGCAGGGCGGCCGCGUGCUCGGCACUGAACCAGGAGCUGCGGAAAAAGGUCCAGGAGCUGGAGAAGAGCAACGGGUCUCUCCUGCAGCAGCUCCAGGCGCUGAUCAAGGAAACAUCCACCAAGCCCGCCCAGACCGGCACCUGUGUCUUGAUUCUGUUCCUGUCGCUGGGGCUGAUCCUGCUCCCCAGCUCCAGCCCGUUCCGCCGGGGCAGCAGCCGGGAUGGCCUCGGACCCACUGGAGUGAUCUCCAGGAACAUCCUGACGCAGCAGGAGCCGGGACCGCCCGCAGAAUCCCCGUUCCUGGGGUGGAUGUCAGGGCCAGAGCCAGGAUCCGGUGUGGAGGAUGGAGCCGGGGGAGAGCCUUGGGAUGGGAUUCCUGCCCCCCAGAGGGAUCCAGGGAGCAAUUCCUCCAGGCGGGACGCGGGGACAGGGACACGGGGACAUGGGGACGAGAUGUGA